AUGUGUGAUUCAAAGACUCAUACAUGGCAAGAAGCUUUCAAAGUUCUUGGGAUCAAUUACAACCCCGAUGGCACUUUAAACAGAGAAAUCCAAAUCCCUAUGGAGGAUGCAACCCCAACUGCUGACCCAAAACAGCCUAAUCAGCUUGCCCUUUCCACAGAUAUACCCCUCAGCCCCUACAACAAAGUCUAUAUACGCCUCUAUAUUCCUGCAAAAACCCCGACAUACACCAAACUUCCACUCAUAAUCUACCUACACGAAGGUGACUUCGUGUUGUUUAGUGCAUCUACUGUCAUUUUUCAUGAAUUCUGCAACAAUAUAGCCGGCUAG